AUGGCCAAUUCAUUACCUCUCCAUAAUAAUCAAUCUUUGCUAAAUCAAAGGUUAUCCAAUGAUGGAGGGUAUAGUAGCAAAAAAUCAACCCCAAGUACUACAACUUCAAAUCAGGAGAGAGAUGAUGUGGAACAAAGAAAUGUAUAUGUGAAUGGUUCGAUUCAGUUUUCUCUUCCAAGUAAAUAUGCUGCUAUCCAAGUUUUGGGUAAAGGGUCCUAUGGCACUGUCUGUUCUGCAAGAGAUUUGACUGCUAAAAAAACAAUUGGCAAUAAAGAACCUCUUUUGGCAAUUAAAAAGAUAACCAAUAUUUUGACAAGAGAAAUACUUUUGAAAAGAUCCAUAAGAGAAUUGAAAUUCAUGACUUUUUUCCAAGGUCAUAAGAAUAUUGUCAAUCUAAUUGAUGUUGAGUUAAUUUUGGAGAAACCUUAUGAUGGGUUGUAUUGUUACCAAGAAUUAAUAGAUUAUGAUUUAUCCAAAGUGAUUCAUUCCUCCGUUCAAUUAACCGAAUUUCAUAUCAGAUACUUUACUUAUCAGAUUUUUUGUGGAUUAAAAUAUAUUCAUAGUGCAGGUGUCAUACAUCGGGAUUUGAAACCUGGCAAUAUUCUAUGUACAGUUAAUGGAUGUCUGAAGAUAUGUGAUUUUGGUCUAGCAAGAGGUAUCGAACAGAUAGAGGUGACAAAAUUUCAACAACAAGAUAUAACAAACUAUGUUGCGACGAGAUGGUAUAGAGCCCCUGAGAUUAUUCUAUCUAGAAAACCAUAUGAUAAAUCCAUUGAUAUGUGGGCUGUCGGAUGCAUUUUAGCAGAAUUUUAUAAUAGAAAACCAAUAUUUAUGGGAAAUGACUCUAUGCACCAGAUUUAUGAGGUGAUUAAGAUUUUAGGAUAUCCACCAAGUCACCUGUUGGUUAGUUUUGGCUCAGUUAAAGCAUGGAAUCUAGUAAAUAAUAAUUCGUUUAAUAAUUCAGAUAAGAAAGAUUGGGAUACUAUCCUUCCCGGUGUCUCAAUAGAGGCCAUCAGUUUAUUGGACCAACUUCUUUGUUGGGAACCAGAUAAACGUAUCAGUGUUGUCGAUGCAUUAGAUCACAAAUUUGUUGAUAAUGUAAGGCGGAAUAAUGAUGAGCCAGUUUGUCCCCAUGGAAUAUUUGAUUUUUCCUAUGAAUCAGAAUUAAAAUCAAUGAACAACCUAAAGGAUUAUUUAAUCAAAGAUAUAUCCCUAUUCAAGAUCAACCGUAAGUAG